GUUUGUUCAAUAAUGUGAAAGUGCAUUGAUUUCUCUUGAAAAGAAAAGUGCAAAGUUCUACAUCGUCUUGUCAAUCUAGUAAAUCUAUAAUAUUAAUAUAGAGUAACAUAGAUAUUUUGUGUUGAAAUAUUGCUAGCACGAUGUUCGUACAAAAGAAAAAACUGGUCGAGCAUGUGCUGGCAAUGAAGGCGGCCAAUGGUGGCAGCGGAAGCGAAGAUGAAGAGGAAGAGGAGGACGAGGGAGACAUUUUGCAGCGACGAAGGGAAGAAUGCGAGCGAAAGGCGCGGCGUGGGGAGAUGGACCCCCGUUUGGAGUUCACAUUCCAGCUGCUGAUAGAUGCCACACAGCUGCCCAGGCAUCAGCUCAUGGACUACAUAUUCGAAGGGGAUAUGCUCGAUGAGAUCAAUCAGCUCUUUUUGCCGAAUAUGAAAAACAAGCUGCUGUGGUUCUAUCAGGAGGUCGAUGAACCAGAGCCGCCGCCCGUGGUGGAUGCCAAUAAACCGGGACCAUCACGCACUGGCAUGGCAUCGAGCAGUUCCAAGACACCGCAGGGUGGCGCCUCACCGAGUGGUCUGCCGCCGCCCAAGCACAAGAAACUCUUCCUAACGGACGGCUGGACUUGCGCCUUUACUGGCGUAUGUAUUUAUAUCUUUCGCGUGAAUACGUCCAAGCAGCUGCCCGAGGAGGGAUUCCAAAAGGAUUUAUACUGUGGCGUCAUCGAUGCCAAGAAUAUUGGCCUAGUCACAUCCAUAGAGCGCAUCGUCGAGUACGUCUUCAUGCAGGCCCUUGCCUUUCCUAGCCUCGAGGGCGAUGAAGAAGAUGUCAGCUGUGGCCUCAUCAAGGGACAGCUGCUUCCCGGACUACGCUCCUUUUGCAGCGCGUUGCGUGUCUGCGAACAGGUCUGCGAUCAUUACAAUGUCUUUGCCGAUGGCUGUGACAUGUUCGAUGGCUGCCUUGUGGUCGAUGAGGUCAAGGACAUGGCCAAGAAUCAGCAGUUCUGCGCCCAACUGGAGGAGCGCGUCAACAACUGGUCCAAGGGCAUACUCAAAAUUCUCGGCGAGAGCGAGCAGUUGCGCAAGGAGAACGAUCACAGUGGACCCCAGGAUGAGCUCGAGUAUUGGAAGAAACGCGGUGCGCAGUUCUCACAACUCUUAGCUCAUCUGCAGGACAAGGAAGUGCAGUUCACGCUGCAUUGCCUGUUCCUUGCCGGCUCACGUGUGAUGCGGCAGUGGAAGGAAACCGAUCGCAAGAUCACUUUUUGCUACAACGAAGCGCGCGACAACUCUAAGUUUAUUCAGGCCAUGGAGACUUGUUGCCAUUCACUAUAUCUCGACGAUCCGGUCAGCAUGAAGGAGUCCAUCUUAAGUCUGCUGCAGACAGUGCGUCUCAUCUAUAGUGUAUCUCAGUUCUACAACACUUCGGAGCGCACAUCAGCGCUAAUGGUCAAAAUUACCAAUCAAAUGAUUGAAACUUGCAAAUCCUACAUCACUUGUCGCUGCAAAGAAACAAUUUGGUCUCAGGAUCGCAGUCUCAUUCGCACCAAGCUGAGCAACUGCAUUAAAUUGAAUCAUAUUUAUCACGAAACCUACUAUACAGUGAGGGAACAACCCUUUCUACCACAUCAGACACCAUUUGGAUUCUCCGAGAACUUUGUAUUCGGCAAAUUUGAUACGUUCUGCGAGCGUCUGUCGAAAAUAAUUAAUAUGUUUAAUCUGAUUGAUGAUUACAAUCAUUUGUUUGAGCGUCGCUUGGAGGGCUUGUUGCUUGGCGAGGCCCUUGAAGAUGCUUCCAAUCAUUUUGAGGAGGCUAAGAAAGAAAUCAUAUCCAAGAAAUACGAUUAUCUCGAUCAUCGCAAUGCCGAUUUCAAUGACGACUUUGAUCGCUUCAUAAACAAAACCGAUUCCCUGAAGGAUACGAUUGCCACGCUGAUCGAGCGUGACUUUGACACUGUCUGGGAGACGCCUCAGUGCAUCCGCUUCUUGGUGCGCUUCGAGAAGGUCAGCGAGAAGAUUCCGCUGACCCGCAUGGAUGAGAAGUACACGCGUAUUCUGCGCUACGUGGAGAAAGAGGUGGACCGCAUUCUCAAGACCUUUCGCAAGCAACGCGAUGAUCCUCCGCUCGCUCGAAAUUUUCCCCCCAUUGCGGGUCGCAUUCACUGGUGUCGCGCUCUCAAUUUGCAUCUCACAGAGCUGAUGGAUGCAGUGAUGGAUCAUGCUGUGCUCAGCACACAACCUCUAGCCAGAGACUUGGAUGUGCGCUUUAAUAAUGUGCUCGGUGUGCUGCAGGAGUACGAGGACGAGAUUGUUUCCAUUUGGCUGGACCAGGAUAUUAGCGUGGCCGAUGCUUGCCUAUUGCAACCUCUGCUCUGCCUACAGGGCGACAGGUUGUUUGUGAAUCUGCAUCCCACAAUUCCCUUGCUUAUACGAGAGGCCAAGAUGCUGGCCAAACUGAACAUUGAGCUGCCUAUUGUGGCUGCCACGCUGAUGAGUCGUCAUCAGUACUUCCUCACCAUACAGGACUCAUUAAAUAGUCUUAUCAAAAUGUUCCUGUCAACGGUGAAGGCUGUCAAGCUGGAGGUGCGUCCUCUGUUUCUGCCACAGCUGGUGCGCUUGACGGCCAUGUUGAAACCUGGUUUGCACAGCAUCAAUUGGACAAACCAGAACUGGACACAAUUCUAUGAGCGUUGCAAACAGGCCAUCGAAACGUUCGAAGUGUUGGUGGCUCGCGUGCACGACAUCUACUCGAAUCGCAUACUCAACGUGCUGAUGUGGAUGCAGGAUGUCUCACUGCAGAUACUGCCAGCAGACGAUGAAAUCUGGACAGUUGAUGAAUUUCUAGAGCGUAGCGAGGAGGCAUGCAGAAAAGCUGCCAUUGAACUGAAUCGUAAAAGUCAAAUGGUCUCCGAGGCGGUCGAAGAAGUUUUAAAUUUGGUGGACAAGGCGACGGAGACAUUUAAGGAGAUUGCUGGCGACGACGUGGUCACCUUGUUCGAUGCAACUCCUAAAGGUGAUCAAACGGGCUCGGGGGGUCGUAAGGCGGAGGAUGGCGCUGCAGCUGGCACUAGUUCGGGAGGUGCAGCAGCCUCGAGUGGCGCUGGAGCUGGUGCUGGAGGUCAACAGCAGGACUGGAGUAUUUUGUGGUCGUGCUUUGAGAAUCCCUUAACGCUGCUCUCUACCUCCGAGAGUCUGCCCAAGGGCAUGCAGGACAUGGUCUGCAAUGCCGUUGUCGAGAUGCGUCGCUAUUACAGCCGCAAGGUGAUCGAUGUGCUCAUCAAGGUGAUACGUGCGGCGCUGGACACGAUGCGGCGUCGGUUCAUCGCCGACGAGCACGAGACGGCAGCGAAGAAGCCGAUCUUUGCGCUGCACGCGCAGCUGCAGAUACCCAAUGUGGUCAUUAAGCCGAGUCUGGACGAGCUGCAGGAUAUAUUGGUGACGGCUGGCAAGAAUAUCACGGGCAUUGCGAAGGGUGUGGCGCAAUGGACUAGCGGCAAGGAUCCGCCGCAAGUUUCGAUGACGGCGCAGCCGCGCGUCGGACGCAACCACACAGACGCUGCAGGCGGCGCAAAGAAUCGACGCCGCAAGAUCUAUUGUCUGGCCUCCGAGGAGCGUCCCCAGAUGCCGCACAUGCUGAAGAGCUUCUACUCGGCCAUCAUGGACAACAAGGAGGUGGCCAAGGCUCUCAAUCAGCUCUCCAGCUGCACGAAGAACGUCAAGCCCGAGAUCCAAACGUACAUCAAACGCUGGAAGCCGUAUCAUUUCCUUUGGAAAAACGAUCGCACCACACGCCAGCUCAUGGAGUUUGGUCUGCAACAGUUUGAAUCGACUCUACGAUGUCUGGCCGAAUUGGAUGCAAAUCUGCUCGUUGAACCAGACAUGGAGGUCUUUGGCCAGUGCGUGGCUGUGUAUAAUGAAAGGCUUAAGUAUGGUUUGGCCAUUGAGAUCAAGUCCUGCAACCAUAAAAUUGGCCAGGCGAUGAAGAAGAAGUAUAAGAAGGAAAUGGACUAUGUGUAUGCGGUGAUCAAUGAAAUGGAUCGUAAACUCGACCGACCCAUUCGUGACCUGGACGAUGUACGCAUGAUAAUGGAAACGCUGGGUAAGAUACGUGAGCAAGAGGUGGACAUGGAGCUGCGCAUAGAUCCCAUUGAGGAGGCGUUUAAUGUGCUCACACGAUACGAGGUGCAGGUGGAGCGGGAGCAGUUCGAUUUAGUUGACAAUUUGCGGGCAACGUUUCAGAAUUUGCUGGCCGGAGCGCUGCAGGCGCAGGUGAAACUACUGGACAUGCAGCCGGCGUUCCAGGGCGACUUGCGCAGCAAUCUAGACAACUUUAAGCAGGAUAAGAUUGCAUAUGUGACGGAAUAUCGCACAGCGGGACCCAUGCAGGCGGGUCUGACGCCGCGCGAAGCUUCCGAUCGUCUGAUAUUGUUCCAGAAUCGUUUUGAGGGCAUGUGGCGCCGCCUGCAGACGUACCAAAGCGGCGAGGAACUCUUCGGUCUGCCACAGACCGAUUAUCCAGAGCUGGGCCAGAUACGCAAGGAGCUCAAUCUGCUGCAGAAACUGUAUAAGCUCUAUAACGAUGUGAUUGAUAGGGUUAGCAGCUACUACGAUAUACCGUGGAAUGAGGUGGACAUCGAAGAGAUCAACAAUGAGUUGAUGGAGUUCCAAAAUCGUUGUCGCAAGCUCCCCAAGGGCCUCAAAGAGUGGCCCGCAUUCCAUGCUCUGAAGAAGACCAUCGACGACUUCAAUGACAUGUGUCCGUUACUGGAGUUGAUGGCGAAUAAAGCCAUGAAGCCACGCCAUUGGCAACGGAUCAUGGAUGUUACUCGCUACAUCUUCGAGUUUGACUCGGAGGGUUUCUCGCUUAAGAACAUACUCGAGGCGCCGCUGCUCAAGCACAAGGAGGACAUCGAGGACAUUUGCAUUAGUGCCAUGAAGGAGAAGGAUAUCGAGGCGAAGCUCAAGCAGGUGACCAACGAAUGGUCCGUCCACGAACUGCAAUUCAUGAGCUUCAAUAAUCGCGGCGAACUUUUACUGCGCGGUGAUACCACAGCCGAGACAAUCGGCCAGCUAGAGGACAGCUUAAUGGUCCUCGGUUCACUGCUAUCAAAUCGCUAUAAUGCGCCCUUUCGCAAGCAAAUCCAGCAAUGGGUCUACGAUCUGUCCAACUCCAAUGAGAUACUGGAACGCUGGCUGCUCGUUCAAAACAUGUGGGUCUAUCUCGAGGCUGUAUUCGUUGGCGGCGACAUUGCCAAGCAGCUGCCCAAGGAGGCCAAACGGUUCUCCAAAAUCGACAAAUCCUGGCAAAAGAUUAUGCAGCGCGCUCACGAGACUCCUGGCGUUGUGGCUUGUUGUGUGGGCGAUGAUCUGCUUAAGCAGCUUUUGCCCCAUCUUCAGGAGCAGCUCGAGAUUUGUCAGAAAUCUUUGAGUGGUUAUUUGGAACGCAAACGCAUUAUGUUUCCGCGUUUCUUCUUCGUUUCGGAUCCAGCUCUGCUUGAAAUUCUUGGCCAAGGAUCCGAUUCGCACACCAUACAGAAUCAUUUACUAAACAUAUUCGAUAAUACCAAAUGCGUCAAAUUCCAUGAUGUGGAAUACAAUAAAAUGAUGGCAAUCAUCAGCAGCGAGGGAGAGAUGAUACAGCUGGAUCGUGCCAUUCGAGCCGAGGGUUCGGUCGAGACAUGGCUAACUCAAUUGCUGGUCACAGCACAGCAGUCACUGCAUUCGAUCAUUCGCACCGCAUAUGCGACAAUAAACGAUCCGAAUUUCACGCUGCUAAGCUUCCUCGAGAAGGUGCCGGCACAAAUCGGUUUAUUGGGUAUACAAAUGAUAUGGACACGAGAUGCAGAAAUGGCUCUGAUGCAGGCCAGACAUGAGAGGAAGGUCAUGUCAGAGACGAACAACAAGUUCCUAGAGAUGCUCAACACCCUGAUCGAUCAAACCACGCGUAAUCUAUCCAAACGGGAACGCACCAAUUUUGAAACUCUAAUCACCAUUCAUGUGCAUCAGCGGGACAUCUUUGAUAUACUGUGUCGCAUGAACAUUAAGUCAUCAAACGACUUUGAGUGGCUGAAGCAGUGUCGCUUCUACUUCAAAGAGGACUUGGACAAGACCUGGAUAUCUGUUACAGAUGUCACAUUCACCUAUCAAAACGAAUAUCUUGGCUGCACAGAUCGCUUAGUGAUUACACCUCUUACGGAUCGUUGCUACAUUACUCUGGCCCAAGCGCUCACCUUGAGUAUGGGAGGCGCACCGUGCGGUCCUGCGGGUACUGGCAAAACGGAAACUGUAAAGGAUAUGGGCAAGACGUUGGCCAAGUAUGUUGUCGUUUUUAAUUGCUCCGAUCAAAUGGAUUACAGGGGCCUGGGACGCAUCUAUAAAGGUCUAGCCCAGUCCGGUAGCUGGGGCUGUUUCGAUGAGUUCAAUCGCAUCGAGCUGCCCGUUCUCUCUGUGGCUGCCCAACAGGUUGCCGUUGUCCUCACCGCUAAGAAAGAGAAGAAAAAGACAUUCCUCUUCACGGAUGGCGACACGAUUGAAAUGAACCCUGAGUUUGGCAUUUUCAUAACCAUGAAUCCAGGAUACGCUGGUCGCAAAGAGUUGCCGGAGAACUUGAAAAUCCAAUUUCGUACAGUGGCCAUGAUGGUGCCGGAUAGACAGAUUAUUAUAAGGGUUAAGCUAGCUAGUUGCGGAUUUCUGGAGAACAUCACGCUGGCACGCAAAUUCUAUACCCUGUACAAGCUCUGCGAAGAGCAGCUGACCAAACAAGUCCACUAUGACUUUGGUCUGAGAAAUAUAUUAUCCGUGCUGCGCACAUUGGGAGCUGCCAAACGUCGGAACUCUAAGGAUAGCGAGAGUACGAUUGUGAUGCGGGUCCUGCGCGACAUGAAUCUGUCCAAGCUGAUUGACGACGACGAGCCACUAUUCAUUUCGCUGGUGUCGGACUUGUUUCCCAAUCAGACUCUCGAAAAGACCAACUACCCUGAGCUGGAGGCGGCGAUACUCCAGCAAACAGAAGAGGCUAGUCUGGUCUACCAUCCUCCGUGGGUUCUCAAACUAAUACAGCUCUACGAGACACAGAAUGUGCGGCACGGCAUCAUGACUUUGGGCCCAAGUGGAGCAGGCAAAAGUACCUGCAUACACACUCUCAUGAAGGCCAUGACACAGAUGGGUGACAGUCAUCGCGAGAUGCGCAUGAAUCCAAAGGCCAUAACAGCGGCUCAGAUGUUUGGUCGCCUCGAUGUGGCCACCAAUGAUUGGACCGAUGGCAUCUUCUCUGCCUUGUGGCGCAAGACACUUAAGCUCAAGGCAGGCGAACAUGUCUGGCUGGUGCUAGACGGACCUGUAGACAGCAUUUGGAUAGAGAACUUGAACUCUGUGCUGGAUGAUAACAAAACGCUGACGCUGGCCAACGGCGAUCGUCUGACAAUGGCGCCCACUGUGAAAAUCAUCUUCGAGCCGCACAACAUUGACAAUGCCUCACCGGCAACGGUGUCACGCAAUGGCAUGGUUUACAUGAGCUCAUCCGGCCUGGACUCGCGACCCAUUGUUCAAGCUUGGCUGAAGAAUCGCGCACCUGGCGAGAAGUCGACAUUCUCGCAAUUGUUUGAUCAGACCUUUGUCGACGUUUACAACUGGGGAGUGCAGAUGGUAAAGCUGCAGAUGCCGGUGCUGCAGUGCAACAUAGUGCAGCAGAUGCUGUUCAUACUCGAGGGACUCAUUCCCUCGAAGAAGGACGACGAGCAGGCUGUCAGUCUGUCCAGCAAGGAAAGCCAAGAUGAGGACUUGGCCGAGGAGAGCGCUCCGGAGGAGAAGGAGGAUACAUGCACCCCAGAGCACUUGCACCGCUUGUAUGUUUUCGCGCUGGCCUGGGGUCUGGGCGGGUAUCUCUCGACUAGUGAUCGCGUUAAAAUGAAUCUGUAUGUUAAGGAAUCGUUUCCGCAAUUGGACUACCCCAAGGGUAGUGCCCAUGAGAAUACAAUAUUUGACUUUUUCGUUUCUCCAACGGGCGUGUGGCAGUCGUGGAAGACGCUCGUUACACCCUACAUGUAUCCGGAGCUUUCCACACCGGACUAUUUAAGCAUUCUGGUGCCCAUUGUGGAUAAUGUGCGUAUCGACUAUCUGAUUGGCACCAUUGCCAAUCAGGAGCGCGCCGUGAUGGUCAUUGGCGAACAGGGCACGGGCAAAACGGUCAUUAUGAAGAACUUCAUGAAGAAAAUGAACAUUGAGACGUAUAUGGGAAGAUCAUUCAACUUCUCAUCGGCAACCAGUCCGUAUCAGUUUCAGCGCACAAUCGAAAGCUAUGUGGAGAAGCGAGUUGGUGUGACAUUCGGGCCACCCGGUGGCCGCAAACUGAUCGUGUUCAUUGACGACAUCAAUUUGCCGGAGAUCAAUGAGUGGGGUGAUCAAAUAACCAACGAGAUUGUGCGCCAGUCCAUGGACAUGAAGGGCUUCUACAGUCUGGAAAAGCCCGGCGAUUUCACCACCAUUGUCGAUGUGCAAUAUGUGGCAGCGAUGGGACUGCCCGGUGGCGGACGCAACGAUAUACCUUCGCGGUUGAAACGACAGUUUUGUGUGUUCAACUGCAACAUACCCGACAACGACUCCAUUGAUAAGAUCUUCCGCGUUAUCGGUGAGGGUCACUACAAUGCCAAGCGUGGCUUUGUGCCCGAGGUUCGCAAUCUGGUCAAGAAAUUGAUAUUAGUGACACGUCACCUAUGGCAGCGCACACGAGAAAAACUAUUGCCUACGCCGGCCAAAUUCCACUACGUAUUCAGUCUGCGCGAUUUGUCGCGUAUCUGGCAGGGCAUGGUUGGCACCUUAUCCACAGUGAUCACCGCGGAAAGUGUGCUCAUGUCAUUGUGGAAGCAUGAGUGCACGCGCGUCUUUGCCGAUCGUUUCACCACGUUCCAGGACAAGGAGUGGUUCGGCUCAGAGUUGGCCGCGCUAGUGCGCGAGGAGCUGGGCGAGUCCCAUUCCCAAAUGAUCAUACCGAAUCCGGUGUUUGUUGACUUCAUGCGGGACGCCCCCGAGCCGACUGGCGAGGAGGGUGAGGACACUGACAUGGAAUUGCCCAAAGUCUACGAACCGGUGAACUCUCAUAACUCGUAUGAAGCGCUACGCGAGCGUCUCGUUAUGUUUCUCGCCCAAUUCAAUGAGAUGGUGCGAGGCUCCGGAAUGGAUUUGGUGUUCUUCCCCGAUGCAAUGCUGCAUUUGGUGAAGAUCUCCCGCAUCAUUCGGCAUCCGAGAGGCAACGUCAUGCUGGUCGGGGUCGGCGGUUCUGGAAAACAGUCGCUGACGAAAUUGGCAUCAUUCAUUGCCGGCUACAAGACAUUCCAAAUUGCGUUGACGCGUUCGUACAAUGUGGCCAAUUUUCUAGAGGACCUAAAGCUGCUCUAUCGCACCUGCGGCGUUCAGGGCAAGGGCACGACCUUUCUCUUCACUGACAUGGAUAUCAAAGAGGAAGGUUUCCUCGAGUAUCUCAACAAUAUACUCUCGAGCGGCGUCAUAUCAAAUCUAUUCUCGCGCGAUGAGCAGGCCGAAAUCGUGCAGGAGUUGACGCCGGUCAUGAAACGCGAGAAUCAACGCAAAACAGCGACCCCGGAGAGUGUGAUGGAAUUCUUUUUGGCACGCACCUGCACCAAUUUGCAUGUGGCAUUCUGUUUCUCGCCCGUGGGUGAGACGUUCCGGUCGCGGGUGCAACGCUUUCCCGCCUUGGUCUCCGGCUGCACCAUCGAUUGGCUGCAUCCGUGGCCCAAGGACGCAUUGGUCUCGGUUGCCAGACACUUUCUCAGCCACUUCGAGAUUGAGUGUACACCGGCUGUCAAAGAAGAGCUGGUUAAUGCGCUCGGCUCCAUUCAGGAUAUUGUCGCCGAAACAUCGCAGGAAUAUUUCCAGCGAUUCCGUCGCGCCACUCACGUGACACCCAAGUCUUAUCUGAACUUCAUAGCCGGCUACAAGAACAUUUACCAGCUGAAGCAGCAAGAGCUGCGCGAUGGUGUGGAGAAGAUGGAUACGGGUUUGGAGAAACUGAAAGAGGCUUCCGCCUCGGUUGAGAUCCUUAAGAAAGACCUAGUCGUCAUGGAGGAAGAGCUUGUCGAAGCCUCCAAGAACGCUGAAUCUGUGCUAGUUGAGGUUACCGAGCGUGCUAUGCAAGCGGAGAUUGUCAAGAAUCAGGUGCUCAUCGUCAAGGACAAGGCUGAAGCUCUCGUCGCCUGCAUUGCCAACGAAAAAGCGCUGGCUGAGGAGAAGCUGGAGGCAGCCAAGCCCGCUCUCGAGGAGGCUGAGAAUGCCCUUAAUACCAUCAAGCCGGCGCACAUUGCCACAGUGCGUAAGUUAGGCAGACCACCGCAUCUUAUCAUGCGCAUCAUGGAUUGCGUGCUAAUCCUGUUUAAGCGCAAGCUGCAUCCCUGCAUUCCCGACUCGGGCACGCCGUGUCCGAAGCCCUCUUGGCAGGAAUCCCUCAAGAUGAUGGCUAGUGCCACGUUCCUGCUGCAGCUGCAGAACUAUCCCAAGGACACAAUCAACGACGAGAUGAUCGAUCUGCUGCAACCCUACUUCCGCAUGGAAGACUAUAACAUGGACAUGGCGCGUCGUGUGUGCGGAGAUGUUGCCGGUCUACUCUCCUGGACCAAGGCCAUGUCUUUCUUCCACAGCGUCAACAAGGAGGUGCUGCCUCUAAAGGCGAACCUCACGUUGCAGGAGGCGCGUCUCAAGCUCGCCAUGGACGAUCUGGCUGGUGCCGAGGAGCAGCUGCGUGAGCGCGAGGAGGCUCUGCAGGCUGUCAAGGAUCAAUACGAUAAGGCGGUGGGCGAGAAACAACGCCUCAUGGAUGCGGCCAAUGUCUGCUUGCGUAAGAUGACAGCGGCAACGGCUCUGAUCAAUGGCCUGUCAGACGAGAAGCAUCGCUGGACGAAUCAGAGCAAGGAAUUCAAGAUACAGUUGGGCAAGCUAGUGGGCGAUGUGCUGCUGGCCACCGGUUUCCUCUCUUACUGCGGUCCCUACAAUCAGGAGUUUCGCGCUAAUCUCAUACGCACCUGGAUGGGCAUACUUAAGCAGAAGGCCAUUCCUUUCACCACUGGCCUCAACAUCAUCAAUAUGCUAGUGGACUCGUCCACAGUAUCGGAGUGGACAUUGCAAGGGUUGCCCAACGAUGAUUUAUCCGUACAAAAUGCCUUGAUAGCCACGAAAUCCAGCAGCUAUCCGCUAUUGGUUGAUCCACAAACGCAAGGCAAGAUAUGGAUCAAGUGCAAGGAGGAUCGUAAUGAGCUGCAGAUCACCUCGCUGAAUCACAAAUACUUCCGCACACAUCUAGAGGACUCGCUGUCUUUGGGCAGGCCGCUGCUGAUUGAGGAUGUGGGCAUCGAUCUAGAUCCGGUUAUCGACAAUGUGCUCGAGAAGAACUUUAUCAAGUCGGGCAGUAUUGAAAAGGUACUGGUGGGCGAUAAGGAGUGCGAUGUGAUGCCGGGAUUCAUGCUAUACAUCACCACAAAGCUGCCCAAUCCAGCCUUCAGCCCCGAGGUCAGUGCCAAGACCUCAAUCAUCGACUUUACAGUGACAAUGCGUGGUCUGGAGGAUCAAUUGCUGGGACGUGUCAUACUCAUGGAGAAGUCCGACUUGGAAGCAGAGCGUGUGGCGCUCUUCGAGACGGUGAUGCAGAAUCAGCGAAACAUGAAGGAACUCGAGGCAAAUCUCUUAUUGCGCUUGAGUUCAUCGCAGGGCUCCUUGGUGGACGAUGAGGCGCUCAUCGAGGUGCUGCGUGUCACCAAAACCACAGCCGAGGAAGUUAAUCAGAAACUUAAAAUCUCAGAGGUGACCGAACGCAAGAUCAUGAAGGCCCGCGAAGAAUUCCGCGCAGUGGCCAAGCGAGGAUCGAUCCUCUACUUUUUAAUUGUCGAGAUGAGCAAUGUAAAUGCCAUGUACCAGAAUUCUCUUAAACAGUUCCUCGUCAUAUUCAACAACUCAAUCACAAAGUCCACCAAGUCGAGCAUCACCGAGGAGCGCAUCAACAUCAUUCUACGCUAUCUUACCUACGAGGUUUACAAGUUUACCAAUCGCAGUCUCUAUGAGCGGCAUAAGCAACUCUUCACCUUGAUGCUGGCCAUCAAGAUUGAUUAUCACAAUGGCAACAUCAGCCAUGAGGAAUUCUUGACAUUUAUUAAAGGUGGUGCUUCCUUGGACUUGAACGCUGUGGCACCAAAACCGUUCCGUUGGAUUCUGGAUAUCACUUGGUUGAAUCUGGUGGAGAUAAGCAAACUAGAGACAUUUUCUACGGUGCUGCAGAUCAUUGAGCUGAAUGAGCGUGACUGGCGCAGCUGGUAUGAGUGUGAGAAGCCAGAGAACGAGGAGAUACCUUGUGGAUAUAAUGCAGUGCUGGACAGCUUCCGCAAGCUACUGCUUAUACGUUCCUGGUGCCCAGAUCGCACCAUUUCCCAGGCGAAGAAGUACAUUGAAGAAUCCUUGGGUCCAGAGUACAGUGAGAUGCAAAUUUUGGAUCUUGAGGCCACCUGGGCAGAGUCUGAACCCCGCACGCCUUUCGUUUGCCUGCUCUCGAUUGGCUCCGAUCCCACUACACAAAUUGGUGGUCUGGCCAAGCAAAAGGGCAUCAUACUAAAAUCCGUGUCCAUGGGUCAGGGACAGGAGUAUCACGCUCGCAAGAUGAUCAUGGAAUCCAUGGCGAUUGGUGGUUGGGUGUUGCUGCAAAACGUGCAUUUGUCGCUGCCCUUCUGCUCGGAGGUGAUAGACAUGUUGGUGGAGACAGAGCACAUCGAUGACACCUUCCGCAUGUGGGUGACUACAGAGCCACACUCGGAAUUUCCGAUUGGUCUGCUGCAAAUGGCAAUCAAGUUCACCAACGAACCGCCGCAGGGCAUUCGAGCGAGUCUCAAGCGCAGCUAUCAGUCCUUCACGCAGGACUUUCUGGAUUACACUUCCGCCACGCAGUGGCCAUCUUUAUUGUACACGGUGGCAUUCCUGCAUACUAUCGUUCAGGAGCGCCGCAAGUUUGGUCCGCUCGGCUGGAAUAUACCCUAUGAAUUCAAUCAGGCGGACUUUGCAGCAAGUGUGCAGUUCAUACAGAAUCACCUGGAUGAAAUGGAUCCCAAGAAGGGCGUCUCUUGGCAGACGCUCGUCUAUAUGAUAGGCGAGGUGCAGUACGGCGGUCGUGUCACCGAUGACUUCGACAAGCGGUUGCUGACCACAUUUACGUCAGUGUGGUUUUGCGAACAACUGCUGUCGAAUUCGUUUGAGUUCUACAAGGGAUACAAAGUGCCCGGCACCAAGAAUCUGCAGGGCUUUAUCGAUUAUAUCAAUAGCCUGCCGGCAUACGACACGCCUGAAGUGUUUGGCUUGCAUUCCAAUGCCGACAUCACGUACCAGAUUAACUCGGCCAAAGGCAUCCUCGACACCAUACUGAGUGUGCAGCCCAAGGAGGGCGGCGGAGGAGGUGGCGAGACCAGAGAGAGCAUCGUCUAUCAGCUGGCCGACGAUAUGCUUCGCAAGCUGCCUGUGCAGUACAAUGCCUACGAGGUGCGUGAGAAUCUGACACGCAUGGGCAUCCUGCUGCCGAUGAACAUCUUUCUCAGGCAGGAAAUCGAUCGGAUGCAGCGCGUCAUCAAGCGCGUUCACACGUGUCUCUGUGAUCUGAAGCUGGCCAUCGAUGGCACCAUUGUGAUGAGCCCGGCGCUUAAGGAGUCAUUGGACGCCAUGUAUGAUGCCCGCAUACCUGAGACCUGGAUGAAAAUUUCAUGGGAGUCGACAACGCUUGGCUUCUGGUACACAGAGUUGCUGGAGCGUAAUGCACAAUUUCGUACUUGGAUAUCCACAGAUCGACCAAAGGUUUUCUGGAUGACGGGCUUCUUUAAUCCACAAGGUUUUCUGACCGCCAUGCGGCAAGAGGUAACACGAGCGCACAAAGGCUGGGCCCUCGACUCUGUUGUGCUACAGAAUCAAAUAACACGCUACAAUAAGGAGGACAUUACCGAGUAUCCAACGGAGGGCGUCUACGUGCACGGACUAUUUCUCGAAGGUGCUUCGCUAGACAGACGCAGCGGCAAGCUGAUUGAAUCAAAGAUGAAGGUGCUCUACGAACAAAUGCCAGUCAUUUAUAUCUAUGCCAUCAACACAACCGCCGGCAAGGAUCCCAAGCUCUAUGAGUGCCCAAUUUAUCGUAAACCGCAACGUACCGACCUCAAGUACGUUGGCUCCAUUGAUUUUGAGACCGACUUCAAUCCCAAGCACUGGACACUGCGAGGCGUCGCUCUGCUCUGUGACAUCAAAUAAGAGGCGAGCCACCCACAACAAAUGACACCACGAUGCCCCACUCAGUGGGCCAGCCAUUGUUUGCCAGCCUGUCAACUUUUGUACGUGCUCCGUCGUUCCCGUAAUGGUGCUGUGAUAAUUAUCGUUUUUUUGGGAGCCUUAUGUCAGCCCCUCCCUCCACUCCAAUUUUCGGCUUAGCUGUCUGUUAACAGUCUCGUGUAAUGCGUCAGCGAUACAAGUUUAUUAAUUAUGCCCUCGAGUUAUUCAAGAGGCGUUUCCCUGCACAAGGGAACAUCCAUCGUACACCAUAAUUAGCUGUUAGCCAAUGUUUAGAAUUACGGUUAAGUGUUUUUCUUAUUCUUUUUUUUUUGCCUUGUUUGUUUCUUGUUUUCACUCCCGCAAGCUUCUUCAUCACUUCAAGUGCUGCACUUGUCAAACGAAAUAAAGGUUU